GGCAGCAAGGGACGCUUGUAUCGGUUUUCUGGGAUGAGUGUCGCGCCGCUGCCGGUGCGCCGUCCGAGUGCGCACGAAGGCUCGUCGCUCGAGGCGGGCGCGGCCCCCGGGCGCAUUCUCUACGUCAACGACCGGCCGUCGACGCUCGCGGCCAUGGCACGCUACAGCCUCAAGUAUCCGAACAACGUCGUCAAGACGUCCAAGUACUCGGUGCUGACCUUUCUACCCAAGAACCUCUUUGAGCAGUUCCGGCGCGUCGCAAAUUUCUACUUUCUCAUCAUCUCGCUCCUCCAGCUCACGACCAAGUUGUCGCCGACCAAUCCGUACUCGACUGUCGGCCCCCUCAUGCUCGUGCUCAUCGCCACGAUGAUCAAGGAGGCGAUCGAAGACAAGGCGCGGCACGAGGCCGACCGCCAAGUCAACCACGGACUCACGCUCAUUUACGACGCGCCGGUCGGCUGGCGCAGCAUCACGUGGAUGCAGCUCCAAGUCGGCGACCUCAUCAAGGUCGACAACAACAAGCCAUUUCCCGCCGACCUCGUCCUCCUCGCUUCGAGCGCGGACGAUGGUCAAGCCCAGGUGGAGACAACGAGCCUCGACGGCGAAAGCAACCUCAAGACGCGGUUCUGCCCCAUGGCCAAGGCAGGUCCGCUCCAGCCUACGACGUUUCCGUCCAGCAUGACAGGGGAGAUCCGAUGCGAGGCCCCAAACCGACGUCUCUACACGUUCGACGGCGUCUUGCGAUUGCGUGCGGGGCCGGACGACGAACAGGACAUUUCGCUGACCAUUGAUAACGUCGUGCUCCGAGGCAUGAAGCUCUGCAACACCGACUACAUCAUCGGUGUCGUGGUCGCUGCCGGCGCCGACUCGAAGCUCAUGCUCAACACCAAAGCGACCCCGUCCAAGUUUUCACGUCUCGAUGUGAUUGCCAACCGCUGUAUUCUGCUCGUCUUUUCCGUGCUCUUUGCCGUGUGCUGCCUCUCGACGGGCCUGAGUCUCAUGUGGAGCCACCAGCGCACGCGGCUCAACUCGACAACGUACCUCUCGCUCCUCGUGGCGUCCAGCAUCCUGGACGUCAACACCUUUGCGAGCACGUUUGUGACUUAUCUCAUUCUGUACAACAAUUUGGUGCCGAUCUCGCUCUACAUCAGCUUGGAAGUUGUCAAGUGGUACCAGGCCAAAAAAAUGGAAAAGGACCCCGAAAUGAUCGACCCGGUCUCGGGUCGCGCCGUCCUCGCGCGCACGUCCAACCUCAACGAAGACGUGGGGCAGAUCAAAUACCUCUUCAGCGACAAGACUGGCACCAUCACGAAAAAUGAGAUGGUGCUCAAGGUCAUUAGCAUCGACAAUGUCAUUUAUGACAGCAUUCCUGGGCCGCCACCCCGGAAGCGGUCGAUGAAGGGCAUUAUCGAUGCUAGUUUUGCCAAGCGACCGUCGCAGCCCAACGCCGUCGCUCUCCUCGCGCGUGAAAAUUCGAUGCGGCGCAAGGAAAAGGAAAAUGCCGAACGCGUCGCCGCGCGUCUGCGCAUGUUUCAAGCCGACGUGCAGCACUAUGACAACCUCGCGUCAAUCGGCUCCAACCCCACGUCGGACGUUGCGUGUCAACCCUCGUCGGUUGUGCUCGGGGAUACGCCGCUCACGAAAGGCGAGCUCACACAGACCUUUUUCCGGUGCCUCUUGCUCUGCCACACGGCGACGAUCGCCCCCGAUGACGAGAUUCGCGCAUCGUCGCCGGACGAGGCGGCGCUCUUGGUGGCCGCGAUCGAGUUCAACUGCCGCUGCCGCCAGCGCUCCAUCAACUCGGUCACCAUCAACAUCUUUGGCGACGACGAGACGUACGACAUUUUAGCGCUCAACGAAUUCGACUCGACGCGCAAGUGCAUGUCGAUCAUUGUGCGCCAGACGUCGCCGCGGCCGACCAGCGAGGAUGACGACGGCAUUUGGAUGUUUACGAAAGGCGCCGACACCGCCAUGAUGGCGAGUGCCGUGCCAUACGGUCAGCAGCUCAAACCGCCGGCCAUGGCUUUGCACAUUCACUACUUUGCGUCGAUGGGGCUGCGGACGCUCGUGUUUGGGUACAAGCGACUGACUCGCGCCGAGUACAGCUCGUGGUUUGAAGCGUACACCAAGGCCAAGACGAGCCUCGUGGACCGCGACACAAAGCUCAUCGAGUGCGCACGCUGCAUGGAGACAGGCGUCACGCUCCUCGGCGCCACGGGCGUCGAAGAUCAGCUCCAAGACGGCGUCACGCACUGCAUUCAGACGCUGAGCAACGCGGGGAUCAAUAUUUGGAUGCUCACGGGGGACAAGGACGAGACAGCAAUCUCCAUAGCCAACUCGUGCGGUCUCCUAACCGAUCAGUCGCACUUGGUCGUUGUCAACGAAAAAACCAAAGCCGCGUGUCUCUACCAAAUUGCCAACGCCCGCAAAAAGCUGCGCAAAGCCGGCAUCUGGCACCCGGGGCGCCCGUCACACGACAUUGCACUUGUCAUCAACGGCGAGGCACUCGAAUGCCUCUUGGCGCCAGCCGACGAGUCGCCCGAGCCUGCACCGACCAUGGGGCGAUACACGUCAAGCGAUGCCCUCGUACCUCCUGAGAGCGGUCGUGGUGGCAAUGAGAGCUCGCUAGACGCCGCACCCGAAGUCCGUGACAAGGACUCCCAACGUCAAAUUCGAGCAUCGCUGACGGUCGACGACCCCGCCGAGCUCAGCGUCAUGGGCGGUGGCAACGACAGCAUCUUUAUGCAGCUCGUGACGCAGUGCUGCUCGGUGAUUGCCUGCCGCCUCUCGCCGCUUCAGAAGGCACAGAUCGUUGCACUCAUCAAGACAAGCAAGGGUCGGCCCGUCACGAUGGCGGUCGGUGACGGCGGCAACGAUGUGAGCAUGAUCCAAGAAUCGCACAUUGGUGUCGGCAUCUACGGACACGAGGGCAUGCAAGCUGUCCGCAGCGCCGACUUUGCGAUUGGCCAAUUCCGGUUCUUAUCGCGUCUGAUUCUGGCGCACGGCCGGUGGAACUACCGGCGCGUCUCGAUCGUGAUUCUCUUUUCGUUCUACAAGAACAUGGCGCUCAUCAUGACGCUCUUCUGCUACUCGUUUUACAACGGGUACUCGGGUCAGACCAUGUACGAGUCAUACCUGAUUGUGGGCUGGAACGUUCUCUACACGCUCUUCCCGAUCCUCGUGCUCGGCAUCACGGACGAAGACAUUAGCUCCGAGACCGUGCUGCUCUAUCCGUUCAUCUUUCGCAACAACCAGAAAGGCCAAGAGCUCAACAUUGAGAAGAUGCGCGUGUGGGUCGUGAACGCACUUUUGCACUCAUUUCUGGUGUUUAUGCUCGGGACCUAUUUUGUGUACAUUGUCGACGGGUCGUCGCUCCCCAACUCGAGUGUCUUUCUCUACGGCACGGCUGUCUACGGCGUCCUCGUCGUCACCGUGACAAUGAAAGCGGCCAUGGUCAUGCAGCGCAUGCACCGCUGGACGCGCUACCAUUACCUCUCGAUCAUUUCGGGGCCGCUCAUUUACUUUUUGUUUGUGCUCUCGUACUCGCAGGCCUACGUGUGGGUGCCGAUUUCCCCGGUCAGCGACUUUUGUGGUCUCGGUAAAGUGCUUUUUGGCACGGCACAGUUCUGGCUCGUCAUCGUGCCCGUCUCGUUUGCGUCGUUGAUUGUGGACAUUAUUGUCAUGUAUCUCCAGCGCAUGUAUUUGCCAACGAACCAAGACAUUAUCGAAGAAAUCGACUGCUGCCUCGACAACAACAGCGCUUGCGAAACCACGCCCAAAGUGCACACAAGCAGCUCCAAAACGUGGAUUUUGGCCAACAACCCGCUCGGCGAUUGGACAAAACAGCACGACGCGUCAUCGACGGAGCACGAAGAGCUGUGCCGACACUUGGUGCGCAUGGAAAAAGCCAUUGCGCGGGAGAUCGGCGCCCAUCGCAGCGACGACCAGGACAAGGUCAUUUCGGCCACGGCGCAGCCCGCGAUUCACCCGAUCACGCUCGAGUUUAUGGGCGAGGAGAACGAAGAGCUCGAGCACGAGUACAACAUCAACUUUUCCCUUCGCGAGGCGCGCCGGAUUCGAACGCUCAUGUCGGUCGUCGUCGUCGCGCUGCCGCCGUAUGCAUUUGUCGAGUACUAUGGCGAAGGCGACGAAAACCUCUGGCCGUACCGCGUCGCCAUGUUCAUUGCGGCGCUGGUGUACAUUGCCUACACACGCACGUCGUUCUUUCACCGGCACUACCAAUACUCGGUUGCGGUGCCCUUGGCGAUCGCUGGUAUUGUGUUUACGCAAGCGAUCAAGUACACGGGGAAAUUUGCCGUCACGAUCUUCACCAUUAUUCUCUAUUCGGUCGUGCGCGUCAAGUUUGUCAUUGCGACGUGGCUGGCGUUCUUCAACUUUUUGUAUUUUUUACUCUCGGGGUACCUCGGCUUGAACCACAUUGCAGCGUCGAGUGAGAAUUCCGCAAUCGACGACACGCUCUUUAUGCUCUUCAUGCUCAUUCUGAUUGGCAUGGCGGCGUUUGGCGGCUACAACCUCCAAGCCACGAUGCGCCGGGACUUUUUACAAAACCGUAUUUUGCUCUACCAAGAGCGCCGCAGCACAGAAAUCCUCAACAACAUGUUGCCCGAACACGUGGUCAAGCGCAUGCAGUCGGGCGACACACUCAUUUCCGAGGAAGAGAAGGACGUGACGCUCCUCUUCUGCGACAUUGCGGACUUUGGCUACCUCUUCAAGCACUACUCACCGACGCAGAUGGUGAGCCUCCUCGACCGCAUCUAUUCGCUCUUCGACCAGCUGUGCCUCAAGCACGGCUUGCGCAAAAUGGAGACUGUUGGCAAAACGUACUUUGCCUGCGCUGGGCUCCAAGACAGCGAGAAGGGCCGCGAGGCUGCGAUCCGGACCGCGGCCAUGGCACACGAAAUGAUGGCGGUCGUGGCCAAGUGCAAGGCCAGCAGCGGCAACGGCAUCCGCAUUCGGAUCGGCAUUCACUCGGGGCGCGUCAUUAGCGGGCUCGUGGGCAUGAAGAAGCAGCAGUUUUCGCUCUUUGGCGACACAGUCAACACGGCCUCGCGCAUGCAAAGCACAGGAAUUACGGGCCACAUCCAGCUCUCGCAGAUGACAUUUGAGAAGAUCCGCAGCGACUUUCACUUUGAAGAACGCACGGUGGAAGCCAAGGGCAAAGGUCAAAUGAAGACCUUCUUGCUCGGCCGCCCGACGACCGCACUCGCCGAGCGUGCGUGCCGUGGGCAUUGGGACGCGGGCAAGCACGUCGAGUCGCGUCGUGUGAGCAUUCCCAAUAUGCGCGAACCCACCGAAAGCGCACAGUGUCUGCGAGCGAUCGCAACUCGCUGCAUCGAGUCGCUCCAGCGCACGUUCGACUGCGUCCGCGAGCCGCCAAGCGCCGCCAACGAGAGCAUUGCGGCCAAGGAGCUCGAGAUGAAGUCGCAGAUCGACUUGCGCUGGCUGCAUUUCAAGGACGCUGCGUACGAAAUAGCCUACCUGCGGGCGAUCGUGGUCGAGCACCGCGCGGGGACGCGCCGCACGGUACUGGCCCUUGGCGUCUACAUACUCUACGCAGUGCUCCGCGACGUCCUCCAUGACGCUUACGUGACGACGUGCGCGUCGUGCCACAGCUACAUGGUUGCGUUUCAAUUCGCGCGCGCCGCGGUUGUCGUGCUCAUCGCGUGGUAUGAGUACAGCGAGUACCACGCGAAGCGCAAGCUGUCGUCGCUGGUCGUGCCAGACGGCGUCAUGCGCGCGUCGCACCGCCAGAACCACCGGCUAUUGGUCUUAUACGUUUUGAUCGCGGUCGUCCUCUUCAUGCCCAACCUCCUUCGCUGGAUAUCGGAGCAAGCGAGCAUUCUCUACUCGUACCUCUGCCUCGACAUCAUCAUUGUCAUGUUCCUUGCGUCGUUCGGCGGCUCGCUCUUGUACCCAUCCGUGCUGCUCAUCAACAGUCUUCUCGUGAGCGGCAGCGGCAUUAUCUACUUUACGCUGCAGCUCAACUACGAAUCGUCCACGAUAUCGGACGCCGAGAAGCUGCGCAUUUACCCACUCGCGAUCACGCUCUUUAUCGGUCUCUCGAACGUCAUGGCCCGGCGCGACAACGAGUUUUUCGGACGCCGCAAGUACUGGCUCCAGACGCGCACGCAGCUCGAGACCAAGAAAGCCGACCAAAUGCUCUACAAAAUGCUUCCGCAGUCGCUCGUGACGCAGCUCAAGGACGGGGACACGGUCUGCGACCAGCACCAUCACGUGGGGAUCCUCUUCUCCGACAUCAAAGGGUUUACCUCGAUCGCGGCGCGCGCCGACACGGACAAGGUCGUCCACAUUCUCGACUCGCUCUUCACGGCGUUCGACAAGCUCACCGAGAAGCACGGCGUUUUCAAAGUCCAAACGAUUGGGGACGCGUAUGUGAUCGUGUCGGGCUUGCCGUAUGCAGACGUGAGCCUCAAUACGGUCUCAACAAAUGACCUGAAAGCCCAAGUGCUGAGCCGGUCGACGUUCGACGACGGGUCGGGCUCCAAAGGCGCGCCCAAGUCUCUGGACACCACGUCGACGCACCUCCGGAACCUCAUUCGCAUGGCGAGCGAUAUGCAAGAGGAGGUCAAGAAGGUGAAUGACCCCAACAGCGGCGAGCCGCUCCAGAUGCGCAUCGGCAUUCACCUCGGGAGCAUCAUUGCCGGCGUCAUUGGCACGUCCACGCUGCGCUACGACAUGUGGGGACCCGACGUGCUCACGGGCAAUGAGAUGGAGACCAACGGAGUGCCCGGGCGCAUCCUCGUCUCCCAGGACGUGCAGCACGAGGCAAGUGUCUGCCCGGAUCUGGCCUUUGAGUUCCACAAGAACAUUGAUUUUACCAACGCCAACCUCGACACAUACCUCGUCGACUACAUCUCUGGCGACGCGACGCUCCAAACGCCGUCGACCCCGACCGGGUCAACGAAAAACACGGCGUUUUAGCACCGCCCAAUCUGCAUAUCGUAUUUAAUCUUGUGUUUUCUAGUCUUCAUAGUAUGACAUUAUGUUGCUACAUGAACGUCUAAGCUAAUUCGUCUGUACUCCC